UCCGCGGCCUGGAAUCUUCCAAGCUCAGUGGCGCCGCGCCCAGCCCAGCAUGAGAUUGAGCUGGAGCAUGCUGGCGAAUGCAAGGACAAAGACCCGUCUGCUGCCAUUCACUCUCCGUGACUCCGAUGUGGGCUGAACGCUCGCUGUACAAGAAGACAUCUUGUUGACCUGCCUCCCUUCGCUUCGAACAUCACAUUACUGUUGCCAUGGCCGCCUUCACCUCCGGCGCUGACUGGUCAUUCCCAGCGGACCUCCCCCAUGCGGCUGAUCUACCAGGUGGCUGGAAGCAGGAGCCAGAACACGAGAGCACGACAUCGACCCAUUCACCUUCACAGGCAGAACCAGAACCAGAAUCCACUGCCUACGAACACCCACCGAAGCGCCGCAGAACACACUACCCGCCUCGCAAUUGCCGCAUAUGCCUCGAAGAGGUCCAGCCCACUUUCCACUACGAUACCGAGUCUACACUCCCUGCCGCACUGCAACCACCUCCGAAGGUGACAUAUGAAAGCGAAGAUGGUGGCCGCUUGCUAUCGCCAUGCAAAUGCAAGGGCAGUCAGAAAUACGUGCAUGAAGGCUGUCUCGAUGCCUGGCGAAAGGCAGAUCCGAACCAGAAGCGUAAUUAUUGGGAGUGCCCUACCUGCCGCUACAGAUACAAGCUACAAAGAUUGACCUGGUCGUCCUGGAUCAGUAGUACCGCCGCGCAGAUUGGCCUUACUCUGUUCAUCUUUCUGACUGCCAUAUUCGUUCUUGGCUUUGUUGCCGAUCCCAUCAUCAACAUGUACCUCGAUCCUGUCUCAACCAUUGCGACCGUCGGAGGCCCACGAGGAUCACUCAUCUUUGAGGACGAACCUGCAACAUGGACCGAGCACAUCGUGAAAGGUUUAGCUUCGCUGGGACUGCUCGGCUUCGCCAAGUUCAUGCUUACGCUAUCUCCCUUCCAAUGGUUCAACGUCCGCACUGGAGGUAUUAUGGGUGGUGGCCGCAGCACAGUCGGCGGUACCGGCAGGGACCGAUUACAGCAGUUGAGCUGGAUUACCAUCAUCAUUGGUAUUGUUACUUUUCUCUAUGCUGUCUGGAAAGGCGUCAGAGCGUGGAGUAGAAGAACCCUGCAGAAUGCAGGAGAGCGUGUGCUAGAUGUGCCUGGCGGCGACGACGAGGAUGACGAGGAGUCGGCAUCGUGAGCAGGACGACAGCACACGCCUCUCAAUGCACACACUAGCAGCACAUAGCUGCACCAUUAUUCUCAGCUCCC